AUGACAAGAGGAAAUCAAAGAGAUUUAGCACGAGCUAAGAAUCAGAAAAAACAAACCGAAUUAGCCAAGAAGAAAUAGCGCAGAUAAAAGGGAAUGACAUUCGAGCAACGCAAACACAGGGAUGCUAAGCUGAUGCGUGAAAAACAAAGAAAAAAAGAGCAAGAAGAUGCCGCAGCCUCUGGUAACAGUUAAUUCAACAAAACACAAA